AUACUUCUCAGUGAUUCACAAACACUGUGGUGAGCAUGAUGAACGUAUGUUAGUAUUAAUUUAAAGCUCCUGUAUCGUGAAUUAUUUUAUCCGUUAAAAAAAUCAGUGCUAUCAUUUAAAAAUUAUAGGUAUAACCAAGAAGUUUUACUUUACUAUAAAUUGGAGCAUUUCAAUAAUUAAGAUUUACUCUUAUUAAAAACACAAGGAUUGGAUAGGAAAUCUUUAAAAUACCAGACGUAAUGAUACCAGAGAAGUGUAAUGCCACUCAAUGGAAAUAUGGUGGCCAAAUACUUGGUCAUGGUUUCACAGGUUAUCGCCUGGUGCAUGGUAAGUGUGAUGCUGUUACGAAAAGGUUUUAGCCAAGUACAAGAAUCAACCCAUAUUCAAAACCAUAACAGUAGCGAAGUAGGUAACUCGACAAUACCCAAAAAUCCAGAGGUUCAGUCAUUUGAUAAUAGUGGCACAACUGCAAUUGUGGCUGGCGUAGUAAUGAUUGCCAUUGCUCUAAUAAUGCUUAUCAUAAGUCCGACAAUUAUGUUUAUGAAAAUGAUGGAAAAGAGAAAAGAGAAUAUACAUAACAAUAUAUUGGAAUCACCGCCUAAGUAUGAAGAUGUAGUAGAAUGUGCCCCAAGGUAUUCAUCUUUAUUUGUUUUUAAUAGUACAGGAGAUAUAAUUUUGCUGUCUAGUGGUAAAGUUGUACAAAAGACAAGUACAUUGAACCACGACAUAUCCACAAUAGAUGUUCACAAGUCAUCAGAUGAUAUUUAAAAUUAUAGGAUUAUUAUUUAUUAUUUAUUCAAGAAAAAUAUAUGAACAAAUACUUAACAAAUAUUAGGAAACCAUAAAUUAGCAAAAUAGUCAAUAAAAAAACUAUUUUAUUUAUA